GAGGAGGAGGAGGAGGGCAGGGCUGGUGUGUCAGGUUUCCAUGCACUGCACGUGUGGGUGGUGCGAGCUGUGCCUGCUCCAGCCACCGAGCGAGCUGGGAGCAUGGGGCAGGUGGCUUGGAAGGCUUUAUUUCUGUCUCUUUUCGAUUACAAAACGGAGAAAUACGUCAUUGCCAAGAACAAGAAGGUUGGGGUCCUCUACCGAGUGGUGCAGCUCUCCAUCCUGGCUUACCUGGUGGGGUGGGUGUUUGUGGUCAAGAAAGGCUACCAGGACACAGACACGUCCCUCCAGAGCUCUGUCAUCACCAAGCUGAAAGGGGUGGCCUUCACCAACACCUCGGAGCUGGGGGAGAGGAUUUGGGAUGUUGCAGACUAUGUCAUCCCUCCCCAGGGUGAAAGUGUCUUCUUUGUCAUGACAAAUCUGAUUGUGACCCCAAACCAGAGACAAGCCACGUGUGCUGAGGUAGGAAGAACUGAGCCCCUUGACCCCCAGACCCCUGCAAAACCGGGGGUAAGAACUGACAGAGGACACUUCUGGAGCAACAAAGAAAGGAAGGAUGAAAGACAAGUAUUUUUUCCUAGUGCCAGCAUUCCCGAUGCCCUGUGUGACAAGGACACGGACUGCCGGGAAGGGGAAGCAGUGGUGGCUGGCAAUGGGGUUAAGACUGGCCGUUGUUUGAAAGACAGGGGCAGCACCAGAGGGACUUGUGAGAUACUGGCCUGGUGCCCAGUGGAGAAAAGAUCCAAGCCCAAGAAACCACUUCUGGGCAGUGCAGAAAACUUCACUGUUUACAUCAAGAACUCCAUUCGCUUCCCCAAAUUUAAGUUCUCCAAGAUGAAUGUGCUGGCAACUGACAACGAGUCCUACCUGAAGAGCUGUCGGUACAGCCAGGAGCAUCCCUACUGCCCCAUCUUCGUGCUGGGGAACAUCGUCCGCUGGGCUGGGGGCGACUUCCAGGAAAUGGCCUCACAGGGUGGUGUGAUAGGAAUUCAGAUUGAAUGGAACUGUGAUCUUGAUAAAGCCCCUUCUGAAUGUAAUCCUCACUAUUCUUUUAGCCGGCUGGAUAACAAGUCUGCAGAAACCUCCAUCUCUUCUGGGUACAACUUCAGGUUUGCCAAGUAUUACCGGGAUGCUGAGGGGGUCGACUACCGGACGCUCAUUAAAGCCUACGGAAUCCGCUUCGACGUGAUGGUGAAUGGCAAGGCAGGGAAAUUUAACAUCAUUCCCACCAUUAUCAAUAUCAGCUCGGGGCUGGCACUCAUGGGAGCUGGAGCUUUCUUUUGUGACCUGGUGCUGCUAUAUCUGAUCAAGAAGAGUAACUUUUAUCGAGGCAAAAAGUAUGAGGAAGUCAAGUCCAGCUCCAGGAAGUCCUUGUCCAGCCCUACGCUGAACGGGAAUCAGAGCCCGGAGCAGCUCGGCGGGCUCUAGGCACAGCAGAGGCUCUGCCAGCUGGACCCCUGCUCCAGGAAAUCCACACAGGUGUGGCAUCACACCAGCACUGGGAGGUGGACAUACCCCAGAUCAGGCCUGCUAUGAUCAGGAUUCCCAGAGGAAAAAAACCUUCUCUAAAGACUGUCGUUCUUCCCUGAGAUUUCUCUGGGAUCCUGAGCUUGCAACAUGUGUCGUCACUAUGGAUUUACAAAAGGAUUUUAUAUAAGGACAAAGAUGGCAC